GCAUUCUGUUCAAGAAUCAGACAUAUUCUACACCUAUCCAACCUGAAGCCAGACCAAAACGCCACCAGAACAAAUCGCUAAACAUUUCAGAUCCCAAUCCCAAGCUGGAAUGCAUAUCCAACCAACCUAAUGACCUGCGCAAUCUAAGCGGUCUACUAUAAUACCCAUCCACCGACUGAAAUUCAUUCCUUCGUCUUGAACAACAGCUAUCUAGCUAUCCAAUAUCCAUCACCCACUACCCCAGCGCGUACUCCACCAAGAACGUGAAAAUGGUCAUUGGACUCUUGGCCAUAACGGCCAUCCCGACGGUGACGGGUAUAUCCCUCGCUUCCAGCGAACAGCGCAAAGCAAACCAGCGCAAAGAAGAUAACAGGCGCAUGAUGAAGUUCAACAUCCAAGCUGAAUGCGACGGCGAUACAGAUGAUGAUCGCGAGUUGAAUGGGAUGAGUGUUGUUGUUAGGAAUGGGAAGGUCUACCUCGCAGACCCAAACCCAUCUAACCGCUCCCCACCAGCCUUCACAGCCCUAGCCUUCUACAUCGAAUAUCCAGAACUAGAUGAAACGAAACAUCUCGACCGUGGUCUUGGGCUUCCAACAUAUGUACAGGAAGAUCCACCGCUGCUCAAUUGGAUCUAUGCUGAUAAUGAGACAUACGAGCUGCGCUAUGGGAAUCGGUCACAGAGUGUGGAGCAUGUGGUUGGGCCGUGGGACUGGUGUAAAGAUGAGAGGAUUAUUUCGCUGGAGAAGAAGAAGAAGGCGUUUUAUGCGGUUGAGGAGAAGGAGGGGGAAUGGGCGCUUUAUUUUGAUCGCGAUGGGGAUGAGUUGGAGAGGGUGUUGGAGAAGCAGGGGCUGUUGGAUUGUGCUUUUGUGCCUGUUACUUUGGUUAGGAGGAUUGUUGAGGAGAAGCCUCCUGCUCAGUCUCAGUCUCAACCUCAAGGACAAGAACAGGGACAGGGACAGGGACAAAAUGGAAAGGCUGGGCAGAAGUGA